UAAAUUACUGGUAUAUGCUGACGUAAAGCAUAUCCGGUAAAUACCAGAUAGUGGGGUGACUAUUGCCGACUGGACAGUCGUAUCCUCGUGCGCUUUGUGUUAAAAGGCGAACUGUUUUUGUUCGGUCUGAGUAGAUACACGCGAGCGUUUGGGAAUCUGUUUAAAAAUUAGAAGUACUGUCUUAUUAAAACGUUUUGGCAACACAAUAGUGGGCAAAUAAUCUGUGAUCAAAUCAAGAAAGUUGGUCUUUAGACUCGACCCAAAAAAAAAAAAAAACAGAGACGGAACCAAAAGCCAUAUUAGAAUCUGCCCCUACAGUGAAGGGGAGAGGCAUACGGGGAGAGGGAUGGCGUCGGACGUGCCUUGCUGCGGUACGAAAUUCUCGUUGUAUGUCUUGGUAAUUAUAGGGCUGGUGGCCUUUGCGGGGCUGAUGGCCGGCCUCACUCUGGGUCUCAUGUCUCUUGGCCUUGUCGACCUUGAGGUUCUCAUGAAGUCCGGCCGUCCCCAGGAUCGAAAGCACGCCGCUAAAAUUUAUCCGGUGGUAAAGAACCAGCAUCUUCUUCUUUGCACACUUCUGAUGGGCAACGCCUUGGCGAUGGAGGCUCUUCCUAUAUUCUUGGACAAACUUGUACCUCCUUGGGCGGCGAUUCUGAUAUCAGUCACUCUUAUCCUAAUGUUUGGAGAGAUAUUCCCACAAGCUGUCUGUACACGCUAUGGCUUGACUAUAGGAGCGACAUUGGCACCACUUGUCCGUGUUCUUCUCAUGAUAUUUUUCCCAAUAACUUAUCCAAUCAGUAAGGUUCUUGAUUGGAUGUUGGGUAAGGGACAUGCUGUCCUCUUAAGGCGAGCAGAGCUCAAGACUUUUGUGAAUUUUCAUGGCAAUGAGGCGGGCAAGGGUGGGGAUCUAACUCAUGAUGAGACUACCAUCAUCACAGGGGCACUUGAAUUGACUGAAAAAACUGCAAAAGAUGCCAUGACUCCAAUAGCAAAUGCAUUUUCCCUUGAUUUGGAUGCAACACUUAAUUUGGAGACAUUGAAUUCGAUAAUGACAAUGGGUCAUAGUAGAGUUCCAGUUUAUGCAGGAAAUCCCAAAAAUAUAAUCGGACUUAUUCUGGUUAAGAAUCUGUUGGCUGUUGAUCCAGAUGAUGCAGUUCCUGUGAGAAAAAUGGUCAUAAGAAAGAUUCCUCGGGUUUCAGAAAACAUGCCUCUAUAUGAUAUUCUAAAUGAAUUUCAGAAGGGUCACAGCCAUAUUGCUGUUAUCUAUAAAGAUCUAAAUGAGAAAAAAGAAACACCAAAAAGGGUCCAAUCUGAGCCAUCAUCGAAGAAAGGUGAUAAGGCGGUUGGACCCACUGGUGCUAUUGAAAAUUUGGGGGUUAAAUUUGAUUCACAUCCUCAGACAGGUCUGAAUAAAAUUAGUGGAGGGCAAGGUCAACAAAUGAAGAAAAGUCCCCCAUCUACUCCAGCUUUCAAGAAGCGGCACAGAGGUUGUUCCUUUUGCAUUCUGGAUGUUGAGAAUGCUCCCAUUCUCGAGUUUUCACCCAAUGAAGAGGUUGUUGGAGUAAUCACCAUGGAGGAUGUCAUUGAAGAACUUCUUCAGGAGGAGAUAUUGGAUGAAACAGAUGAGUAUGUCAACAUCCAUAAUAGGUAA